AUGGGAUGCAUUCAAAAUAAGGCUCCAAGCGCAGAAAUUUCAAUAAUAAUUUUCAGUCCUCCACUUUCCAAUUCUCCACCAAAUGAAUUUACAUUAAAACCUUAUCAUAAUGACUUAUACCCUGCAGCUCGUUUGCCUACUAAUACUUCUGAUCAUACUUUUCAUACCAAAUUCAUUCAAAAUAAAGGACUUACUUGGUCCAUACAUAGUAAUAAUUAAUUAAGCAAAAAUAGAUAAGUAGGAGAUAAAUUAUAAACAGCCAUCUCAUGAUAGUUGCCCAUAAUUUUGA